GGCAGCUCCAUCUGCAUGCAGAGAUGAAACCUGCAGCAAACGCGCACUCACCCAUCAUUCAAUUCCACCGAACGCAGCAGUGAGUGCAACGCCCAUCAGCGCGCUGACAGGCUGCGCUCUCCUUUGCGCUUCAGUCGUCCUGCUAGAACAGAUUUCGCAUUUGCUCUGGUCGUUGAUUCAGCGCCAGUAGGCUACUUUUGGAUACAUCAGUUGCUCAAAACGAUCUACAAAUUAUUUACGCAAUUGUAAUUGCUAUUUGAGGUAUUUAAAAAAAAUAUAUAUAUAUACUGUAGCCUAUUGCCUAUUUGACAUAUUACACAUAACUGUUAGAUAUGUGGUGAUGACCGUCACCACUUUGGUGCACAAGAUACCACUGUGCGUAAUGGGAGGACAGGUGUAUCAUACUUCAAUAAGUGGGAGCCACGGGGCAGAAUGCUGCCUUCCCAAGGAUUUUCACUGAUUCCCAGAAGUGGAAGUCGGAAUACUCUUGGCUGUAAUAACACCUUGUCAAAAUGGAGUGAAUGUGGCGUACACUUUUCACAAUAAAAGGUGGGAUGUGAGAUUAGUGUCUACAACCCUGAAACAGACCCAACCCAGCCCUCCUCUGUCAGCAUGGAUCCCUGGCCUCUCCUUCCGUCGCCCCCCAACCUCUCCCUCCCCGAGCCCCUGUACUACGACAGCUACUUCCCAGGGAACGAGUCUGACCUGGGGUCCCGGAAUGACACUCCGGACGAGACCCACCAGGCCUUCGACAAGACCAGCUCCGUAGUCAUCACCUUCAUCUACUUCACGGUGUGUGCCGUGGGGCUGACCGGCAACACCUUGGUGAUUUAUGUUAUCCUGCGCUACGCCAAGAUGAAGACGGUGACUAAUAUCUAUAUCCUGAACCUGGCCGUGGCCGACGUCCUCUGUAUGCUGAGUCUACCUUUCAUCGCCGUGCAGCUGGCCCUGGUCCACUGGCCCUUCGGCUCCGUGCUCUGCCGCCUGGUCAUGACUGUGGACUCCCUCAACCAGUUCACCUCCAUCUUCUGCCUCACGGUCAUGAGCGUCGACCGCUACCUGGCCGUGGUCCACCCCAUAAAGUCCACCAAGUGGCGCAAGCCACGCGUGGCUAAGAUCAUCAACCUGACCAUGUGGGGAGUGUCCCUGCUGGUCAACCUGCCAAUCAUGAUCUUCAGCGGUCUGAUGCCCAAUAAUAACCAGGCUUGGGCGUGUACCAUUGUGUGGCCGGAGCCUCAGGGGGCCUAUCAGACGGCCUUCAUGUUCUACACCUUCCUCCUAGGUUUCUUCCUGCCGCUCAUCGUCAUCUGCCUCUGUUACCUGCUCAUCAUCAUCAAGGUGAAGUCGUCCGGCAUGCGCGUGGGCUCCACUAAGCGUAAGCGUUCGGAGAGGAAGGUGACCAGGAUGGUGUCCAUCGUCGUGGCCAUGUUCGUGCUCUGCUGGCUGCCCUUCUACGUGUUCAACGUCACCUCGGUGACCGGCACCAUCGACACCACGCCCGUCCUCAAGAGCACCUUUGAGUUUGUGGUGGUGCUGGGCUACGCCAACAGCUGUGCCAACCCCAUCCUGUACGCCUUCCUGUCAGACAACUUCAAGAAGAGCUUUCAGAAUGUUCUGUGCUUGAAGAAGGUGGCGGGCCUGGAUGAGGCAGAGCGCAGCGACAGCCGCAUGGAGCGAACGCGCAUGGUCAGCGACGUCACCGCGGAAAUGCACAACGCCGCGCUGCUCAAUGGCGAGCUGCAGACCAGUAUCUGAGUGUGUGUGUGUGGGUUGCUUGUGUGUCUCCUUGAGCAGAUGGACAGUGUGGAGCAGUUAGAAGGACUACUCAUAAAGGCACUCUUCUAUAAUCUCAUGUACAGCGGCCCAAACUUCAGGGGGGUCCAAGCUUUCCCAAACCCCCCCCCCCCUCGCGGGUGCAUCUUUUGGUUUUUUCCCCUAGGACUACACAGCUGACUCAAAUAAACAUACUCAUCUUCAAUUGUUUGAAUCAGCUGUGUGGUGCGAGGGCAAAAAAAAGAGCGUGCACCCAGACGGGACCCCGGAACCGAGAUUGGGAAAACCUGCAUUAGAACACAUCUGCCAAGAUCCGUCUCAGAAAAACAAAGACAGAGAUGGAAUGGAAGAAGAUGAAAAAGAGUCCUCUCAUGUUGCAUUGACAUGGAUUGAUUCGUACUGUCUUGAUCAGGAUAUGAGAAAGCACACUUUUGAUAACGCAUCUUAUUUAUUGAUCAGGAAAGAUGUUACUCACCAAGCCAGAUGUCCUCUGACUGAAGCUGGAGACUUCUGAGUUUUGCAUCCAGGAUCAUUGAUCAUUGAUUCUCCGACUUCAAACGAUCUUGAUGCUGUACAUAGACAUGGUUUUCUGUGAUGUGUUUUUGAUCUCCUUGUAAACCCCAGUUUAGGUUAGAUCACACCCCAUGUUAACUUCCCCUUGUUACUACCAUUCGUCUGUCGGCAGUUAUCAAGAUCAAUACUCUGAUUUAUAGUUGGCUCAACCUUUAGAUGCAAGCACGGCCAACACACACACACACACACACACACAUUCACGGUCUCUGAGAUGGGCUGUUCGUAUACUGUGUACAGUUUAUAAUCUGGUAUGACAUUUUCUCUUCUGCUGUCAGCACUAGUUGGCUUAAAGGUGAUAUGCUCCUAGCAUAACCAAGCUGUCGUGGUGCCAAUCUUGUUGAUACUCAACAGGAGGAGUUGUGUUUCAGCAUCAGUUCUAUGCUGUCAGAGUGACGCUGAUGAUUUCUGAAUGGACAGUAUUGCAUCACUGAGGGAGCCACAGCUGCAGUGUUUUGGUUGGUAGCGAGAUGGGUGCAUUUCACCACCACAGUCCAAGGGCAAUGUUGUUAUCUCUCUAAAUGUGUACAGAUGGAGAAUCCAUGGUUCUGUGUGUGUGUGUCUGUGUACUUGCCUGCCUUCCUCUGUGUGUGUGUUUGCCCUGGAAGGCCUCACCAUGUUAGGGUGUGUGUGCGUCACUAUUUUCACAGCCCAUUAAAGGAAAGAUUCACCCAUUUUGAAUGUUAUAUUGUUUUGAUGCAUCUCUGAGCGAUGUUCUAUCAAUUCCCGGGGACAUUUCAUGUUUUCAUGUGUAUCUGAGCUAUUGCCGUUCAAGCAGGCAGAAAUCCACCCGGUAUGAUGUAGCACUACGAUAAAGCCGUUCUUGCUACACUGGAAGUUAAUAGGAAUACGACUUUUAGAUGGUGAAAACGUCUAUCAUACUUGUCAGAUUUCAAUACUGACCGAUGUCAUAACACAGGAGGUUGUCUUCUAUCUAAUGAGCCAUUGAUCAUAUUUUUGCGAUAUUCCUACCUCGAGAAAUGUUUUAUUUAACAGAGGGUCCACCACAUUUCUCCUAUUUGUCUGUCUCUUCAGUCCAGGGUGCAUUGCAUGAUGCCGUUGCAUGGCCAUUGAGAAUGUCAGACUCCACUCUGAGGCACAUUGAUCUGCAGGUUGAACAUGGUAAUAUAGUGAAAUUUUUUUUUUUGAGGGGGGGGGGUGAUUUUACAGCUAACUAGCUACUUUACAUGCUGAUAUUGACUUUGGUAUUACUGUGUGUAGCUACAUUUGCUAGCUAGCAGCCUACCAAGCUAGCCAGCAGCCUACCAAGCUAGCCAGCCAGCCCAUAGAGAGAGCAUUGCAUUGUGGGUGUUGUCGUUGACUUGAGCUGCACCAGAUUUCCACAACGAUUUCUACAUGUUGCUACCAAUCUUAACACGACAAAAUGAAACAUUUGUUCGCAAAAAAAUUGUCCUCGUGUAUUCGUGUUAUUUAACACAGUAAAUUAUAGGAACUAAUGAUUCUCUUUAACAUAAUGACAUCAGGCAUUGUAAUUAGCAUCAUUAUGCCAGAGGCAGUUGAACUCUCUCUCUCUGUACAGUAGAUUAGGUAGACUGUACAUAGAUUUAACCCAAGAGGACGAGGGCGUAGGAUGAAGACAUAUAGGAUCAGGAGGAUGGAACCUCAGCCUUCUCUCAAUGUGUCGUUCAUUUGUGAAGGGCUAGAAGCUGCUAUCACUACCUUGUUCCUGCACACACACACACAGAUACAGACUGACACAGACAAAGUCCCAGACACCUUGAGGAGAACAGGUGGUGUUAGUUCCUCCAUACAAUCUACACUCUGCCUCACCCAAAAUGUACGUACAGGAGAGCAAAGAUGGCAGAUAUUAGAUAUAAGGUCAUACAUUCUUCUACAGUAAGCACCUAUUGUCCUCUGUGUGUGAGCAAUGUCUCUAAGUCGCUUGUUUUCCUUCAGUUUGCAAACCGUAUGCACAGUGUAAAAUAUUGUAAAUGACAUGUCAUAAUUAGUUUGUUACAUGUGAGUUCUCAGAUGGAUGAUAUUUUAUACUGGUCUUUCAUAAUACAGGGCAGUGUGUGUGUGUGUGUAUUGGUUGGCUCUUCUAUCCUUGUGGGGACCUAAGUAAAACAAGGAAAAUGCUCCCUCGUGGGGACAUUUCCCACAUCCCCAUGAGGACAAAGGCCCUUAGAGGUUAGGAUUACAAUUAGGGUUAGAAUAAGGAUUUAGGUUAGGUUUAGGGAAUAUAGGAUUUUGAAUGGAAAUACAUUUUAGGUCCCCACGAGGAUAGAACAAAAUGUGUGUGUGUGUGUUGAGUCCAAUCUCGAUUGGCAGGGAGUCAGGGACUGCCGCUUGAUGUCACUCAUCAUUUGUGUCGCCAUGACUCACUGCGGUCACUAGGGUAUGUACUGAACACUGAGUCAAUGUGCACACAUCUAUCUAUCUAGCCCAUUCAUUAUGGCGUAUCAGCUGUGGCAGUGUUCCAAUAAAAUCUACUUCAUUAGUGAAUAAAUGAACGCUCCUGAACCUUAAAGGAAACAUGAUCAUAUAGAUAGAUGGUCAUCUGGAGAGAUGGCAUAAGUACAGAACACUGUGUGUGUGUGUGUAAUGAUUGCUAACUAAACAAACUACCCACAGAGAGUGAGAGGAAGGGGUCGAACACGGUCGUACACUGUCCUCAAACGCAGUCUUUUCCGUCGGAGUAAAAGCAGAGGUCAACCCACACCAUCCCUUUCAUUAUGUCAAGCGUCUGUCUCUCAGGUUCGAGCGUCACAAGUGGUUCACCUCGAAAUGACUCAGGGGCCGUACACUACUGACUGGCAGUCAAAGGGAGGAGCAGUUCUCAUAAUCAGAUAGUUUUUCUCAAUAUCAGCUCCUCUUCUUGCUCUACAAGGUGAAAUACAGUAACCUAAUCCCAGAUCUGCUUGUGCUCUUGCCAACUCCAUUGCUGUCAUUGUUUGGCCUGCCAAUGAGUUUUCGUGAUAGCACAAACAGACUGGCAAACGCAGUUGAUGCUAGAUACUCGAGUACAUGCAGUAUCCUCACUGAAAGAGGAGAGUGAGUGUGGAGUGACUCGCGCAUCGUUUAAUUUUAGCUGCAGGUGAUGGGCAGGACUCGCAGGAGGUAUGUUUGUAAAUUAAUUUUGAUCAAGCUAUGUAGCUUAUUGAUUCCUUCUUGAUGAAUAAAUAAAACAAAUGUUUUGUUGUUUCUCUGUAAUGCUAGCCCUCUUGAAGUUUUAUGAGGUUGGCUUUAGGGAACCUUUCUCCCAACCUCAUAACUACCCACUGGGCACACUCUGGUUGAAGCAUCAUUGUUUCUAAGUCAUUUCAAUGAAAUUACGUUGAACCAACAUGGAAUAGAAGUUGAAUUGACGACUGUGCCCAGUGGGUAGCUACCAAGCUAUUGAGACCAUCAAUAGGGGCGGCAGGGUAGCCUAGUGGUUAGAGCGUUGGACUAGUAACCGAAAGGUUGCAAGUUCAAAUCCCCGAGCUGACAAGGGACAAAUCUGUCGUUCUGCCCUUGAACAGGCAGUUAACCCACUGUUCCUAGGCAGUCAUUGAAAAUAAGAAUUUGUUCUUAACUGACUUGCCUAGUUAAAUAAAAUAAAAAAAAUAAAAUCAACAGUAGUGUACAGUAACUAAGUAAAGAUACUUUGAAGUACUACUUAAGUAAUUUUUGGAGGUAUCUGUACUUUACUAUUUAUAUUUACUUGACUUUUACUCCACUACAUUCUUAAAAGAAAAUAUGUACUUUUUACUGCAUAAGUUUUCCCUGACACCCAAAAGUACUCGUUACAUUUUGAGUGCUUAGCAGGACAGGAAAAUUAUCCAAUUCACACACUUAUCAAGAGCACAUUCCUGGUCAUCCCUACUGCCUCUGAUUUGGCGGACUUACUAAACACAAAUGCUUUUUUUGUAAAUUAUGUCAGUGUUGGAAUGUACCCCUGGUUAUCCGUAAAUAAAUAAAAUAUAUAAAAGUC